AUUGGCGGUGAGAGUGCGAACCGAAGAAGUUCCUUCCACAUUAUGGCCGUUGCAGUGCGACUGGUGGAAGCUCUGACUCUGAUCACCAUAAUGGGCCUGAUUACCUGCCUGAGCCUCAGUGUGAUCCUGGCCGAGCGUGCCAUCAGUGUGAUUAUGACGUUUCUUGGGCCAGCAGCUGGUAUAGUGCAGUUUGUGUUGCUUUUUAUUGAGAAAAUUCUGGUGUAUGCCCUGCUUUCCAUCUUGGGUUUUGUCAAUACGGUGAUCACAACUCUGCGUGUAACUGGCCUGGCAUGAGGACCGCUCUCCCCCCUGUCAUUUCCGAAUUUCGAUCC